CCUUCUGCACCAUGUAUGCCAUAGCCAUCUUGGGGAACAUCACCAUCCUGUUCAUAGUGAAGAUGGACCCCAGCCUCCAUGGGCCCAUGUACUAUUUCCUCUGCAUGCUGGCCAGCAAUGACUUGGUCCUGCCCACAUCCAUCAUGAUCAAAACACUGAGCAUCUUCUGGUUCAGUUCCAGGGAAAUCAAUUUCAGUGCCUGCCUCACCCAAAUGUACUUCAUUAACUGCAUUUCAGUGAUGGAGUCUGGGAUCUUCGUGGCCAUGGCGUUUGAUCGCUACGUGGCCAUCUGUGAUCCCCUGAGACAUUCCACCAUCCUGACAAACUCCAUGGUGGCCAAGACUGGUCUGGUUGUGUUGCUGCGUGGCAUCAUACUCAUACUGCCCUAUCCCUUGCUGGCAAGACAAUGGCCAUAUUGCAGAACCAACAUCAUCUCCCACUCGUACUGCGAACACAUGGCUGUGGUGAAGCUGGCCUGCGCUAACACCCAGAUCAGUAGUUACUACAGCCUCUCUGUGGCAUUCUUUGUGAUUGGUCUGGAUGCAUUUUUUAUCAGUGUGUCCUAUGUCCAGAUCCUCAGGGCCAUCUUCACCCUCUCCAGAAAGGGUGCUCGGCUGAAAACUUUUGGGACCUGUGGCUCCCACCUCUGUGUCAUUUUAUCUUCUUACAUUCCAGCUCUCUUCUCCUUCCUCACACACCGGUUUGGCCAGAAGGUGGCCCUGCAUUUCCAUAUUCUCACUGCAAACAUAUACCUCCUGGUUCCCCCCAUGCUACACCCCAUCAUCUAUGGGGCCAGGACCAAACAAAUCUGGGACAGUCUUCUCCAGCUGUUUAUUCAUAAGGUGAACUAAAUUCCUUCCUGAUGCUCUGGCUUUCAGAGCAAGAUCCAUGUAGAGCUGCUGGUAACAUAACUCAGAGCCAGUUUUCCUGAAUCUCUUACUGGACAGUGAAAGAUAUAUU